AUGAACUUCAACAUUCUUCUUUCUACUCUCUACGCUACGGGACUCUACGUAGGUGCUGUUUCAGCCAAUGACUGGUCCACUCUAGUAGCCAUGUUUAGCAAGUCGUCAUAUGCUGGUGAAUCCGAUGUUUUCGGACUUACUGAUGACCUAUCUUGUCAUAAUCUCAAGAACACUAACCAGAAACUAGCUUCACUUGCGUGUGGGCCCUCAAAAGAUUGUUUAGAUAUCAAACUUUUCACUUCUCCUAACUGCCCCGUUGAUUCAAGGCCUGUUCUGGUAGGAGGUGAUACCCAACAUGUUGAGAACAUCCAUAAUGAGACAGAGACUAUCGGAUUCCAAUCAUUUCGUAUCUCCACUACUAACUGUAACACUUCACCACCUCCUAUUAUGAAUUUGAGGGUUAAGCUAAGACACCUUCUUGAAUCCACUCCUGGGUUCUCCGAUGAUGCAAAGUAUGCAAUUAAUAACGUCCUCGAUGAGAGUUUCUAUGAAGGACUGUGA